ACAACCACCAAAGAGAGCCCCCCUGCAGGCACCAAUGAAAAGAAAUCAAAGGCCAAAGAGAAAAAAAGUGAAUCAGAAAGCAAAGGAAAGACGACUAAGCCUAAAAAAGAGCCAGCCUCUAUGUUUCAGAUAAAUGGAGAUAAACCAGACUUUAUUGCAAAAAAGAAAGCCGCUAAGUCUGACAGUGAUGAGAGUGAGCCGGAGACUAAACCCAGCAAGACCAAAAAGAAAUCAACAGCCAACUCUGCCUCCAUGUUCCAGACUGGAGAAGAGAAAGAGAAAGUCAAAGAUAAAGACAAGAAAAAAGACAAGAAUAGCAAAGACAAGGAGAAGAAUAACAAGAAAAAGAGUUCAGCUAAAUCUGAUGAAAGUGAAGAAGAGGUUACAGAAGUAGCCAAAAACAAGAAAGGCAAAGGAAAGAAAAGUAAAAAGGAGGAGAGGCCUCCAUCUCCACAGAUUGUGUUUGAUGACCUUGACGAGUUUGUUCUUCAGGCUGCACCUCAGGGAACCACCAUCAAGUGUAAAGUGACAAGAGACAAGCGUGGCAUGGACAGAGGCUUCUACCCAACCUACUACCUCCAUUUAGACAAUGAGAAGAAGGUCUUUUUAUUGGCUGGCCGAAAAAGAAAAAAGAGCGCAACGUCAAAUUAUUUGAUCUCCAUAGAUUCAACUGACCUGUCACGGGGUGGAGAUAAUUUUAUUGGAAAGUUAAGAUCAAAUCUCAUGGGUACCAAGUUCACCGUGUUUGACAACGGUCUUAACCCUGAACGUUCCCUCAGAGACAUGUCUAACGCCCGACAAGAGCUAGCUGCUAUCAUUUAUGAGACAAAUGUAUUGGGGUUUAAAGGGCCCAGAAAAAUGACAGUGAUCAUUCCAGGAAUGGAUGAUGACAACGAGCGAGUACCAAUUUGUCCACGAACAGAAAAUGACACUCUGCUAGCGCGCUACCAGAACAGACAGAUGGACAAUGUGAUUGAACUUCACAACAAAACACCGGUUUGGAAUGAUGACAGCGCUUCAUAUGUCCUCAACUUCUCCGGUCGGGUCACACAAGCCUCUGUCAAGAACUUUCAGAUUGUCCACAGCAAAGACAAUAGCUACAUUGUUAUGCAGUUUGGAAGGGUAGCUGACGACAUGUUCACUCUGGACUAUAAUUACCCCAUGUGUGCAGUACAAGCCUUUGCUAUUGCUUUGUCCAGCUUUGAUGGAAAACUGGCCUGCGAAUGACCACAAAGCACGAAGCACAAAUUCCACAACCAGUACACAAAUCUUUGCAGUCAACACACA